AUGCCAACGUCAAAACCCCUUAUUGGACACAGUGCUCUCUUUCUGGGCAAUAACCAACAAAUAUACAAAAAUCUAUGGACCAUAGCAGAAUUAGCUUUAAAACAUAAAAAUUCAGCUAAAGUUUGGCUCGGGCCUAAAUUGUAUGUAGCUAUCGCUGAUCCGGCAGAUGCUCAAGUGGUGUUAGAAAAUUGCCUUGAUAAAGAUAUGGUUUACCGUUUCCUUCGUCCUUGGCUUGGUCACGGCCUUUUUGUAGCACCAGUUAAUUUAUGGAAGUCUCACAGACGAGUGCUGUUGCCAGUUUUUCAGAAUAAAGUAGUUAAGGAGUACUUGGAAGUAAUAAAUGAACAAGUCAAUGUGCUCCUGCAACGCCUUAAUGAACAGACUGACAAAAAAGAGUUUGACAUUUUGAAAUAUGUGACUGCUUGUACUUUGGACAUUGUGUUUCAGACCGCAAUGGGCGAACGCAUGGACGUACAAAAUUCUCCCGAUACCCCAUAUCUUCGUGCUCGUCACACCGUUAUGACCAUCCUGAACAUGCGUCUCUUUAAAGUUUGGCUGCAACCUGAUUGGAUUUUUAACCUCACUCGCUACGCUAAACUUCAGAAGGACAAUAUCGAUUUAACACACAAGUUUACAGAUGAGAUCGUCAGAAAGAGAAGGCAGGAAUAUCAAAAUAAUCUUACGAAAAAACACCAAGAUAACAAGUUCCAUGCGGUUUUAGAUCUUUUGUUUAAACAAGAGAUAGACUUCACAGAUGAACAACUUCGGGAGCAUAUAGAUUCUAUUACCAUUGCUGGUAAUGACACCACCGCCCUUGUGAUUGCCUACACCCUCGUAUUGCUCGGUAUACACCAGGAUGCACAAGAGAAAGUGUCGGAGGAGCAGCGGUCUAUCUUCGGAACAUCAACAUGCGGUGCUAAUAAAUGGGACCUACAAAAAAUGGAUUACUUAGAGAGGGUGAUCAAAGAAAGUAUGCGGUUGUAUACAGUAGUACCAAUUAUUGCCAGAAAUGUUGACAAGGAUAUAUAUCUACCAACAUGUGGAGUCACAGUACCAGCAGGUAGUGGAGCAGUAAUAGGAGCCUUCGCUUUACAUCGCUCUGAAUCAUCUUGGGGACCAGAACCACACAAAUUUGACCCAGACCGAUUUCUACCUGAGAAAUCUGUCAAUAGACAUCCUGCUGCAUUCAUGCCUUUUAGUUAUGGUUCUAGAAAUUGUAUUGGCCGCAAAUUUGGCAUGCUCAUAAUGAAAAGUAUAAUUUCAAGUGUGGUACGAACAUACAAACUGGAUGCCGAUGAUAUAGCAACAUGUGGAGUCACAGUACCUGCAGGUAGUGGAGCAGUAAUAGGAGCCUUCGCUUUACAUCGCUCUGAAUCAUCUUGGGGACCAGAACCACACAAAUUUGACCCAGACCGAUUUCUACCUGAGAAAUCUGUCAAUAGACAUCCUGCUGCAUUCAUGCCUUUUAGUUAUGGUUCUAGAAAUUGUAUUGGCCGCAAAUUUGGCAUGCUCAUAAUGAAAAGUAUAAUAUCAAGUGUGGUACGAACAUACAAACUGGAUGCCGAUGAUAUAGGUGACCUCAAAGUAGAAAUGCUCUUAUUUCCAAUAAAAGGACACCAGGUUAAAAUAUCAAGAAGAUUGAACGUGUGA